AUGAAUUCGAGAAGGAAGAGAAACUCAGUUCGAAAAGCUGCGACAAUUGAAGAUUUAGUAGAGCCGAGAAAAGUGAAACAUGUUACACAAGCAGCUGCUGGUAUGGAAGAAUGGAUUGGAGCCCUGAAUAAUACGAAUAUUCACAUGUCAUUGGACGAAUUCAUGCGAAGGCCGAUGGUUCGUCAACUGGCAAAAGAAAACGGAAUUAACGACAAACUGUUCAUGCGAUCGUUCAAGUCGUUCAGAGAAUAUUGCACACCAGAUGAUUUAAGUUCUGUUGAUCCAGCAUUACUUAUUCUUUUAAGUGAUAUUACAAAAGGAGUCAAAGAUUGUGAAAUGCUUUACCCCUUCUUUUUGGAUCAUUCAAAACAGGUAUUUCCACAUCUCGAAGCUAUGGAUGAUCUCAGAAUCAUUUCUGACCUUACCCGCCCACAUAACUGGUAUCCGGAAGCCAGAAGCAUCACAAGAAAAAUAUUUUUCCAUGCAGGUCCAACUAACAGUGGAAAAACUUAUCAUGCAUUGAAAAGAUUUGGCGAAGCAAAAAGUGCAGUGUUCUGUGGACCACUAAAAUUGUUGGCAUCUGAAGUCUUCACUCGAACCAACGCACUCGGAAUACCAUGCGAUUUGGUUACGGGAGAAGAAAGAAGAUUCGCGAAAGACAAUCACCAUCCAAGUCAACAUCUCUCUUCAACUGUCGAAAUGCUUUCUACUCAAAUGAGGGUCGAGGUGGUAGUAAUUGAUGAAAUUCAAAUGUUGCGCGACGAGCAACGUGGAUGGGCUUGGACUCGAGCUCUUCUCGGAGCUGCUGCUGACGAGAUCCACUUGUGUGGGGAACCAGCUGCCAUUGACAUUGUCAAGAAGUUAUUAGAACCGAUUGGAGAAACUGUGGAAAUUCGUUAUUAUGAUCGAAAAUCGCCUCUUACUAUUGCUGAUAAGGCUAUUGAAUCUUAUUCGAACAUUGAGCCUGGUGAUUGUAUUGUCUGCUUUUCAAAGAAAGCUGUCUUCUUCAACUCCAAAAAACUCGAAGAAAAUGGAAUCAAACCAGCUGUCAUCUAUGGAGAUCUACCACCUGGAACUAAACUUGCACAAGCUGCUAAAUUCAAUGAUCCCGAUGACGAGUGUAAUGUUCUCGUUGCCACAGAUGCUAUUGGAAUGGGUCUGAAUUUAAAUAUCCGACGAGUCAUUUUCAAUUCUUGUACACGUCAGACAGAAUUGCUUCCUACUUAUGCAGCAUUACAAAUUGCUGGAAGAGCUGGAAGAUUUGGAACCGCCUACGCGAAUGGAGUUGCAACUACAAUGAGAAAAGAAGAUCUCGGAACUCUGAAAACAAUUCUUGCCGAAAAAGUAAUAUCUGAUCACUUCUUUAUCUGUACUGUCUACGAUAUGCGAGAAUUGGCUGUCCUCAUUGACCAAGUUCCUUUGCCAUUAAAAGUUCGAUACACAUUUUGUACAUCUCCACUGAACACCGAUGAUAAAAGGACAGCAGCAGUUUUUGUGAAAAUGGCUAGAAGAUUUGCCACCGGUCAAGCUCUCACUUACGAAUGGCUUAUGGACAUGCUGGAAUGGCCACCAAAACCAGCAUCAACUCUCAGUGAGCUAUCACUAUUAGAACAGAACUAUGAAAUUCUCGAUCAAUAUAUGUGGUUGUCCAUGCGUUUCCCUGACAUGCUUCCUGAUGAACCCCGCGUUCGCGAAGCUUCUAAAAUUUUGGACACGAUGAUCCAGGAAGGAGUUGAAGGAUUCAUGAGUCUUCUUGCCAUCGGAAGCUCUGAAAGUUCUGAUCCAAAAAUUAGAAAGACUACAAAAUCGCUUGAGGAAAAGUUAAUCAAAUCAUCUGAAAAAUCAGAAACGCCAGCUAAGAAAUCCUCAAUUCUGGAGGCAUUGUUGAAGAGAGCAGAUAUAAGUGAAGAAGAUUUGGAACAGCUCAGAGAAGAAUUGAAUAAAAAGAAGAAGUGA